AUGGAGUUCGCGGUGGGCGAAGAAGAAUGGCAGUACCGCACCAACGUAUACGUCGUCCUGAACAAGCCCGCAGGGUACGAGUGCUCCAACAAGCCAUCUGCGCACGCCUCCAUCUUCGAGUUGUUCCCCGAGCAGUUCCAGGUCAGGGGGGUUCAGAGCGUCGGGAGGCUGGAUCAGGUGGGCUGGAGGAAGCAGCUUCAGCAGGAGGGACUGAGAGCCGCACAGGACACGACAGGGAUGCUACUGCUGUCCGACGACGCGGUGACACCAGAGCUCGUCGACUCGCUGUCAGCUGGCGUCGAGCUGAAGGACGAGCCGGGGACUAUCGUGACACCGACAGCUGUCAAACAGCUGGAGGAGACAUUGGUAGAGCUGUCGCUGACUGAGGGCAAGUACCACCAGGUCAAGCGCAUGAUUGCUGCGUGCGGUAACAGAGUGGAGAAACUACACCGAGCUUCCAUCGCGGGGAUGGAGCUGCCGGCAGGGCUAGAGGAGGGCGGCUGGAAAUACUUGACGGAGGAAGAAGUCAAGCAGCUGCUGUCAGGCCAUCUUCAAGCUUCAAUCAAAUAA